AUCUAACUUUCAUAGCAGGCAGAGUACCUCACGGAUCAGUCAUCCCAGACACGACAGCACAGGAGAUAUGGUUGGCAAUGCUGCCGCCGCCGCCGCCGGUGGCCUAUCGUCUGGCAACACGCUGCUCAAGAUUCUUAACGUCAGAAUAGUCGGCAGCGGGGAUAAGGUAGUCAUCUUAUCUCAUGGAUUCGGGACCGACCAAUCAGCUUGGAACCGAAUCAUCCCGUUCCUGGAUCCCGACCACCGCAUCAUCCUAUACGAUCUUGCCUGCGCCGGCAGCGUCAAUCCCGACCACUUCGAUUUCCGACGCUACACCACCCUCGAUUCCUACGCCGACGACCUCCUCCUCAUCCUGGAUUCCCUCCGCAUCGACCGCUGUUUUUUCGUCGGCCACUCCGUCUCCGCCAUGAUCGGAAUCCUCGCCUCAAUCCGCCGCCCCGAGCUCUUCCUCAAACUCAUCCUCAUCGGCGUCUCCCCUCGGUUUUUGAACGACUGGGAUUACCAUGGGGGAUUCGAGAGGGAUGAAAUCGAGCGGGUGUUCGAGGCCAUGGAAUCGAACUACAAGGCGUGGGUGACGGGAUUCGCGCCGCUGUCGGUGGGGGCGGACGUGCCGGCCGCAGUGAGAGAGUUUAGCCGGACUUUGUUCAAUAUGCGGCCGGACAUCUCGCUGUUUGUUUCGCGGACGGUUUUCAAUAGCGAUCUACGAGGCGUGCUUGGGCUGGUGAGCGUUCCGUGCUGCAUUGUGCAGACGGCGCGCGAUGUUUCCGUGCCGCUUUCCGUCGUCAGCUAUCUCAAAGAGAGCUUGGGCGGGAAGACGACGAUUGAGAUUCUUCAGACGGAGGGGCAUCUUCCUCACCUCUCUGCUCCGGCGCUUCUCGCUCCUGUUCUCCGGCGCGUUCUUUCCCGGUGAUAUCUCCGGCUGCCUGUCUGGAUUCCUAUAUACUACAUGAUUUUGAUGUCUAGGUUGGUUGAUUCAACGGGAUUGCUGGAAUGGCGUAUGAAUCCCAUUAUUGUUGCUGCUGCUAUCACUCCAUUCUUUUUGAGGACCCUGUAAUUUUUGUCUCUCUUACAGGUUGCCUGGGGGGAUUUUUUGAAAGGACGAUGAUGAAUGCUGUAUUACAUCUAACCCCUUGGACUGUCUUUUGGCAACCAGGGGUUUUUGUUCUGUCUAGACCCUAUCGAGAACUGACCCAUACAAUUAUUUGGCAGAAUAGCCUGAGUCCUUUUGGCGCUUAAGCCUUAUUGUUUUUUUUUUUUUUUUAAUUUCUUACAUGUAUUUUGUU